AUGAUAAUGAGUCCACUGGUCAGCAUCACUGCAAAAAGGAAUCAGUCCGAAAUAUCCGCGCACAAUUUACGGAGGUCUUUUGUUAAAAUCGUUCUGGCCAAUUCGUUCCAGUUGCCCGGCGGCUAUGGUAAUAUAGUACCGGUGACGCCGUAUGGACGGAUUGCAUGUGUUGUAUUUGCACUUUUUGGCGCACCCCUUGCAAUCAUAACAAUCGGAGACCUGGGCAAAUUUUUAUCCGAAUGCACCAUAUUGCUGUAUAAUCGGAUGAAACAAGCACAGAGUGCUCUGAAACGUCAGUUUGUCAAAUUCCGAUCCCGAGCCGCCGGCUGUUCAGAACUGAGAUCAACGGAUACACCGAAAGAAUCAGAACGUGACAUUUUAAACUGGGAUGAUUUAGCGCUGGACAAAACUGAAGUGCCUGUACUCCUUGUUUUCGCUAUUCUUCUUGUUAGUUUCGAUCCAUUGAGCAUAAUUAUUUCAGUGAAAGGGACGAAAUGAGU